UCUCUCUCUCCCUGUCUGCUCCAGCUGACUCCAUCCAUGCCGUGAUGAGGGAGCGGCCCCCACCUCUUUCUCCGCACCCCACUCUCCAUCGCCCUCCUCAUGAUCCUUCCACAGACGGUCCGGAUGGAAUCACACGCGGAAGCAGCUGGCCAAGAUCCGAACAAGGACGUUCAGAAGCCGCUGAAGUCCUGCAGCUCAGGGGAACUGAGCCCAGAGGCAUCCCAUAAUCCUUCAGGGGGAGAGGAGAGAGGAAUCCCACUGCCCCUUUCUGGGCUACUGCAUCUGACAGACAGAAGACAGCCUCUGAGCAGUGUCUCCUCGCUGGAGGUGCACUUCGACCUCCUGGACCUGACCGAGCUCACGGACGUGUCCGACCAGGAGCUGGCUGAGGUCUUUGGCGAUUCGGAUGAAGAGAAGCACAGUGAAUCACCAGCAGGUCUGCGCCGAGACACACCAGCUUUCCAGCCUCACAGUGAGAGUCACCUUCCAGGAGGAGACCUGUCCCCCUUGGGCCUCAGCGAGUACAUGUGCUCCACCUCCUGGACCCAAUACAGUAAAAGUGAGCCAACCCAAGACCGGGAACGGCAGCAUAAAUCAGACAGCGAGUAGUAAUUCCAGCACCCGGAGAUUCGAAGCGGCCAGAACCAGUGACAGAGGGAGGACACUGGGGAUCGAGGGUGCUGCCGCUAAGCAAGCCCGCUCAGACCCAGAGAAAGAGGAACAUGUGCCUGCAGUGCAUUCUGGGAACUUCUCCUCCCUCACAGCACCAGGGGGCUCCAUCUCAUGGGCCAGGGAGAGGACCAAACCUUAGUGUCAGGAUUAUGCUGCUUCAGGAGAAUGUCCUGCUCACGAACCAAAAGAGAACUGGCAGUCGGAAAAGGUUCUGAUGGGAAGGCGGUGAGGUCGGAAUGACAGCUGAUACUAAAGCUGCUGUCCCAAGGGAACAAGCAUGUCCACUGUCACCCACAGUGGACCAGACCUUCCAUGAAACAUGAGCAAAGAUGGGUUUUGCCCAUUUAUCAUUAUCAGAAAACAUAAGAGCCAUUCACAUGGUCCAUGAUGGAGUCCAAGGCUGCAGAUUUGUGUGAGAAGUACAAGAAGAGACAGACGCAUUUACCCAUGUGAGCACCUAACAAAAACCUAACACUUACAUAUUUGUCAUGUUGGAAUCUGAAGUGCUGUGGAUCUUACUUCACUGUGUGCGUAUGUCUGUUAGGAUGGAGUGUUAAUCCAAUAAACAGUGUAUCUAUUUCAGUUCUAGUUAAGGUGUUAAGUCUGACUCUGCUUAAUCAAUGCAACAGGAAAUUUCUAACAACAGAAUUCACUAAUCAAAUGUAUGGUCCCCAACCUAAGGUAUAACAGACUGUCCUGGUUGUGUCCUCGUGUCUUUUUGUUUGUGAGUCCUGAACCAGAACCGCUUACAAAACUCCAGCCACAGACUCUGACACACAAGUGAUGGAAAGCCAGCCCAGAGAGCUCAUGUUCUCAGAGGUGGAGCUGAUGCCGUUUCCAAGAUGUGCUCCUUGGGGAAGUGAACCUCUGCUGCUCCCAGCAGUCCCUGUAAGAGCUGAAUCUUUGCUGAACGCGAUCAGGAUCUCUACUAGAAUACGACAUAAAUUAAACUUUGUGCAUCUCAACCCUAUACACAAGCCUGAACACCGGCAAAACGUCAUGUAAGAUCAUGUCCUAAAGCCUAAGCAUUAACAAAGAAACUGCACAGCUCAUGUUCCAUCACUGAAUUGCAGUGCAGGUGUGAAUGACCAGGGCCCUGGGGUCAGGGGCCAAUCCACCUCUCUGGCUGGGGCCCCUCAAGCCAAAAAUAGAAAUGAGCGGAUCAGCCUGACCCCAUGGGGUGGGCUUAUAUUAUAUAAGCAGCUUAUAUUAAACAUGAAUGUAUGCUCUUCAAAUUCCAUGUGUUUUAAACACUUUUUCCCAAUGAAAAACAAAAUUACAAUGGCAUAACUAUGUAAUUUGUGUUCAUUUACAGAGAAAUGUAAUUCAGGAAAUAUGGUGUAUAUAUUACGUAUUUAAAACCUGCAUAAAAUGCAAACCCAUUGUAUAACACAUUUGUAACAUACAUUUAUAACACAGCUGUUGGUUUAAAUAAAGAGAAUUCCUCUUACAGAA